AUGAUUAAAUUAGAGGCUCAUACCUUUCAUAAUAAAAAUGUUAUGACACCAGCUAAAUUAUCAAAUAAAUCUCCUUUAGAUAUAGUUAGAUAGAAAAAAAUCAUUUUCAAAAGAGAAUUGUUAAAUACAGAAUAGAAUUUCCUAGUUCAAGUAACUCCUAAUUUCUAGUAUUAUUAGACAGAAGAAAAUUAAGAAAUUGUUUAUUUAAAACCUGAUGUUCCGGAUCUCAUUAUAACAGAUCUUACAAACAUGGCUAUAUAAGAAGAUAUAUCUGAAUAUUAAGCCUUAGAGUAUCAUAAUAGAGCAGCCAAGUUGUUAGAAUUUUAUACAAAAAAUUAGUAACUCAAAUUCUUAACUUAGAAUUCAAGUUUAAUACACAUCAGUUUUAUUCUCAAAAAUAAAUUAUGCCAUAAUACUUAAGAAAUAUGCAGUCCAAAAUGAAGCCUUGGAAAUAUUAUUAGAUUGUGAUGAAAUUCUUAAAAUUAAAGGCAAAGUACUCAAAAAGAAUUCAAUUGAAAGUUUAAACUUGGCUUAAAUUAUCUAAAACAAACUUUUAAGAUUGAGACUCAUGUUUCAAAUCACAUUACUAUUUUCAGAAACAAAAAAGUAAAAUCUAUAUUUUAAAUAAGAAAUAAACAGGCAUUAGAUAUGGCUAAAAAGGCAUUAAGAAUCUUAAAGAGUAUUGUAUAGAAUACUAUAAAAUUAUGUCAAUAAAUUACUGUAAUGUCAUUAAUCAAUAAAAAAUAAAGAGCCAAUUCAGAAAUCAGUUCUCCAUUAUAAAAAAUCUAGUCAUCAUAAUCAAUUAAUUUACCAUUUUAACAAUCUUAAAUUUUAUCAUAUCCAUAAAUUGUAGAGAAUGUUUUUAAAGAAAUAUUGAUAUCUAUCACAAGUAUGUUACCAAAUGAUGAAAAAUCUAAUGAUGUUAUUAAUAUUCAAAAUUUAAUGAUACGAAACAAUUAGAAUAGAAGUCAAUCACUUUUUGCUUCAGAAUAUAUUUUUCAAUCAUAAAAUAAUUAAUAAAAUAAACUAUUCACUAUUAUAGAUGAUAAUCAUCCUAUGUUGUAAAUGUAAAUUUUAGGAUUGAUGUAAUUAACUUAUGUAGAUUUAGAAGAAUUAUUCCCUAUUAAUAGUUAUGAGAUGGUUAUGGCAGAAGAAGUCAUUUUAGAAUUAGUAAAAAUCAUAUCAAUUAAUUCAUUAGAUUAUGUUGACAGGAUUAAGUUUCUAUAGUAUUUCAACAGAACUUAGAUUCAUCAAUAAUCAAUCUAGUAAAUUAACUGUAGAAAUAUGGCUUGGCAAAGCUGUAGAAAUAUUCUAUACUUAUGUACCACAUUCGAGUGCCAUCUUUAAUUAGAUUUAUCAAGUUUAUCAAAAAUUAUAUGGAGUAGACAAAUAAUCUAUAGUAAUCUAUUCAAAACAUAAUUUAGCCAGAAGAUGAAGAAGUAGAAUAUCAUACAAAAUUAUUGAAACCACAUCCUUUUAAUAAUAAAUCCAAUCUCUCUAAUAAAAUUGUCAUUAUAAUCAAAGUACCUAAUUAAAACAAAUAAUCAUCAUAAUCGAAAGAUACAGAAACUAAAUAAUCUCAAAAUACAUAAACUAAUUAAUAAAAGAUUUAAUAAUCAAUGUUUAUUAAAAAGUAAAUUAUUAUUCCUCAAAAACAUACAUUUACAUAACCUAAUUCAGAUAAGAAAUUUGAUACUAUGCAAGAUGAAAAAGAUAAGUCUCCCUAAUUACAAUAAUAAUUAUUUGUUAAAAAAAAUAAUAUCUCUUUAAAUUCUACUGAUGUAAAAUAAAGAGUAGAAAUUCUUAUGAAUUAAAUACUUAAUCAAUAAGCUAGAUUAACUUAAGAAAAACUUAAAUAAAAAAAUACACCUAUAACAAUCUUAAAACAAAAAUAUUAAGUUACAUCCAAAAUACAGGAAAAUCAAAAUACUUUUAAUCCUUUGAUGACUUCAUAACUUAAAACUACCAUUCCUGUUAGUAGAUCUCUAUCUAAUUCAAGAAAAACUAGUUAAUCUAAUUUUAAAAAUUAAUUUAAUAGUGUUAAAACUGCUUAAAUGAGAUAUCGUACUUAAAUGAGUUCAGGAGAUGAAUCAUCUAAAUAACUUGCACAACAAAUUGCUGCUUAAUUAGCUAGUUUUAAUCGCUAAUCAACUGUAUAUUUAUUAUAUUAUAUUCAUAGAAAGCUUUUCAAUUAAAAAGGAGUGAUUCUGCUAAAAAAUAAAAAGGUUAAUUUCAAUAAAAUUGA